CUACUUGAGGGUGAUGCCAGGACGAACGAAUAACCAAUGAUUUUUCACACUAACACGAGCAACAAUAUGACAAGCAAAGAGACCGAGUAUACCUGUGAAGAAGUAGUUCUUGGGAAUCGAAAGGACGCCUCUUUCAGUGGAAUGCAGACUGCAUCAUCUCAUGGUUUCACAUCGAAGGGAGGAAAAAUCGCAAAUCAGUUGUCUUCCUCUUCUUCUCUAUCCGCAAAGAAAGCGAAACAAGGCCUWYCGUUAUCUACAGCAGCCAUCAAUAGGUCGAAGAUGCAAGCUUCCUUUGCCGAAAGAACGGCCACGGAAAUGGAAGAGAUUGUGAACUGGUACAAAAAAUACGAAGGAGAGGAAAGGCUAAAAAAGACGAAUCAACAGAGCCAAUCUAUGCCAGAUAAUGCCUUUAUUGUCGACGACUUUGAGRAUGACGCCGCGAACGACGAUGCAAAUYAUAGUGGUGGCGAUKGUCCGGAGCAGCUUUACGACACGAAUUGUAAUAGCUUCAUAGGUGUUGAUGAAGAACCAUUGCACGAGAAACUUAUCAUCAACGACGACGAGUCCGUUGUUGUGAAGGAUUAUUACACCCCUAUUCAACGAGSGCGUAAAGUAGCCACGCCGAGGACUUCAUCCCUCACAAAGAAAUCACCCCGUAGUUUUUUCUCUUCUGCGGUARGGUCUGUUACGAGAUCGAUAUCCAAGCGAGACAYAAAUGAAAACAGCGAAUGCGCUAAUGUUCCUCCRAGAGAUAUCAAAAUCGUGAUCACGGACGAUGACGAGUCGUCAGUAAUUUCAUCAAUCACUACUCCACACUUCGAGAGAAGAAAGCUACCUCAAUAUCUUCCCAUCGCCGAUGGCGCAUUAGAGGGCGASAAGUCGUUACUAUGUGACAUCAAAACCGUUGAGGAAGUCGAUGCUGAAUUUCGCGAGAAAGAAGAGGAGGUUUUGUCGAUGUUGUCGCCCCCAAAAAACGAACAACGAUCCCGAWCUCCAGUCGAGACUUCAGACAACUACCGCGACGAGGAAAAGGAAGUGCUAGCAAUGCUGUCGUCUACCUCCGCUGAAUGCUGUGCAAGCACUCAGAGUCAAAACGAUGCCGGCGCCAAUCACACYGAAACAACAUUUGACUCUACAAGUGGUAAGGGCAGUCGGGUGGCUUCGACGGUAAUUUCCAAUUGUGAAACUACAAAACAACAGGCCCACACUCAAAUCGAGGCCGCAGAUGAUUUGAUCCGCAGAACAAAGGAGAUGGCAGAAAUCAUAGCACAGCUACCAGAUAGUUCGUCUUCGUCAAGUAAUGAUCUCGGAAGUGACRAUGGCAAUAACGAUAUUGUCGAUGUCUACAAUACUAGUAAUGGAGAUAUCCUUGCGAACAGCAGCGUYACCGCAUUUGAAACCCCCUCGUUGUCCUCAGAGAUGAAACCUCCAAUACAACUCGAAUGGAAUCUUGAGAAUUCUUGCACAGAUCACWCCAUUCAAUCAAAGGCGGGUAUUGGAAUGCAAAGGGAAAAUACUGUUGAUGGAAGUGAGGAGAAUUUACCGAACCAAGAGUCAAAGGGCAUGAUACUUGGUAUUCAACCGCGACGAUACGUUCCUUAUGUUGUUCCAAUCACUUCAAUGAUUGUUGGAUGGGUAAUGACUCAGUGAAGCGACUUCCUGGAGUUACUUGUUCGUUGAACAGUUUCAGACGGCAAUAAAAUGGCAAAUUUGAUCAAGGGCUAUGAAGAAAACGCUAUUGGGUCGCCCUCAGUUCAUUUCGAUGUAUAGCUUUGUCUUUACACUUUGCCUGAAAUAGGUUGUAUAGCUUUGUAUUUGUACUUUGCCUGACAUAAACCGCCCACGAUAAAAAAGGAGGAUGUCAAGAUUAGGGGAAUUCCUUGCCAGGAUAAAUUUUGUUGGUAAAUUUCUAUAAUUAAAACAGUGUCGUAUC